CUUCACUAAACCUUCAAUUCACAUCUCUAUCUCUCUCACACACACUGUAACUGAAGAAAAAGCUUGCUUUUAGCUGUCAGAAGCAUAUAAAUACAGCCAUAAAUCCACACACCUUUUCUCUCUCUACCAGAAAAUCACAGGAAAAAAGGUAGAAGAAAGAUUGACCCCUUUCUCUCUCCAUGCCCUAGAUCCACGAAUGUCCCACGCCUCAAUAAUCCUCACUCACACUCUCCCCAGCUCCAUUUUCAUGCGCCAUCUUCAACUUCAGUUGCGUGUGCUUGACAAUGUCUGAGCUGGAAACAAGCCAAUUUACUGCAGUUGAGGUGUUUUGGCUUACCUUUGGAUUCACUGGUUUAUCAUCCUCACGAAGCUUUGGCAAAAUAAAUUGAAAUUGGAAGUUCAAUUUUGUGAAUUGGGUAAUUGGGUUCGGUUUUGUUUUUCGAAUCGGACUACAAUGGGCUGUUUCUGUUGCAAGUCCUACGCCAUUGACGACAGUAACGAGAAUCCGGGUGAAAAAUCGUCGAAUAAGGGCUUGUCGGAUAAUUUACAGGUCGCUGCCAAUGGCGUGUCUACUAGGAGGGAAGAGAAUUGUGGGGUUAAGCAUAAGAUAGAUAGUAAUUGUAAUAAUGGUGGCAAUGAAGGGAAAGUGGUUUUGAUCGAUAAGGUAGUUAAUAGUUCAGGUCAAUUGCAGAGAGAGAGUAGUGAGAGGAAGAGAGAGAAGGCCGAGUAUGUGAAUAAGGUGCUUCAUCCUAGGUUAGGUAUGGUUCCGAGAGCAAAUGAAGGAGAACAGGUGGCGGCCGGAUGGCCACAUUGGCUGGCGGCAGUGGCUGGCGAGGCUAUUAAAGGGUGGGUGCCGAGGAGGGCAGAUUCUUUUGAGAAAUUGGAUAAGAUUGGUCAAGGUACUUACAGUAAUGUAUACCGAGCCCGUGAUCUCGAUGGAGGCAAAAUUGUUGCUUUGAAGAAAGUAAGGUUUGAUAACAUGGAGCCUGAGAGCGUCCGUUUCAUGGCCAGGGAAAUUCACAUUUUACGUAGGCUCGACCAUCCGAACAUAAUCAAACUGGAAGGCCUCGUCACAUCACGAAUGUCUUGCAGUUUGUACCUCGUUUUUGAAUACAUGGAGCAUGAUUUGGCCGGACUUGCAUCCCAUCCCGGACUCAAAUUUACCGAACCUCAGGUUAAGUGUUAUGUACAACAACUUUUACUCGGUCUUGAUCAUUGUCAUAGCCGGGGCAUCCUUCACCGUGAUAUAAAAGGUUCGAAUCUUCUAAUCGACAACAAUGGGGUCCUAAAGAUUGCAGAUUUUGGCCUGGCCAGUUUUUACGAUCCUCAUCAGAGUCAACCGUUGACCAGCCGUGUGGUGACCCUUUGGUACCGGCCACCCGAGCUUCUUCUUGGCGCCACUCAUUAUGGUGUUGCUGUAGAUUUGUGGAGCACUGGUUGCAUAGUGGCUGAGCUGUAUGCUGGCAAACCUAUCAUGCCUGGGAGAACAGAGGUUGAGCAAUUGCAUAAAAUAUUCAAACUUUGUGGGUCCCCCUCUGAGGAGUACUGGAAGAAAUCGAAGCUGCCUCAUGCUACAAUUUUCAAACCCCAACAACCGUAUAAACGUCGUGUAUUCGAAACGUUCAGAGAUUUUCCUGAACCAGCAGUAGGACUUAUCGAGAUCUUACUGUCCAUUGAUCCUACAGAUCGUGGAUCUGCAGCCUCUGCUUUGAAGAGUGAGUUCUUUACAGCAAAGCCGCAUCCUUGUGAUCCUUCAAGUUUGCCAAAAUAUCCUCCCACCAAAGAGUUUGAUGCGAAAAUUCGAGAAGAGGCACGGAGACUAGUGCCAGCUGGCAGCAAAGGCCAAAGGCAAGAUGUCGAAAAGAGAGGAUCGAGAGAAUCUCGUGCAGUUCCAGCGCCCGAGGCUAAUGCUGAACUAAUCUCAUCAAUGCAGAAAAGACGGUCCCAGUCGAACUCCAGAAGCAGGAGCGAAAUGUUUAGUUCACACCCUGAAGAAGCCGCUUCUGGUUUCCCAAUUGACCCUCGCAGACCAUCUCAUUUAGCAGGACAAUCCAAUGAAACCCAUGUCCGUGGGUCCCACUCUGGGCCUUUGGCUAACCGGGCCAAAUCCGAGAAGCCCAUCGAGGAUGAUCCGAAGCCCAGUUCAGUUACUGCCAGGAGGAGCAUCAUGUUGUCUGGAGAACAUGAUGAAGAAAAACGGUCCUCCGGGCAUGAUUUUCCGAAGCUUAUGUCUAGAUUUCCAGGCUCGUUUAAGGAGGUUACAAAUGCUAUAAUGAGGCGAGAUGGGAAAAAUUACGGGAAUGCAGAUUCUCGGGCGUGCGAGGGUGAAAGAGCCGGAAAGGAUCCCGUUCUUUUGGGAUACGGGUCGAAGGGUAACAAAAUUCACUAUUCGGGUCCACUGUUGGUACCUUCAGGUAAAGUUGACCAGGCAUUGAAGGAGCAUGACCGUCAAGUCCAAGAAGCUGUGAGACGAGCUAGGCUCGAGAAGGCUAGGUUACGUAAAAUGCAGGGUGAUGGUAACAAGUUCUCCAUAAAUUCGUUCUUUGUUUCGGGUCGCUGAUGAACCUAGUAAAACUUGUAUUAUCCUAAAUCCAUGAAAAACAGAAGGUUUAUUAGAUUGUGUAUUAACUAUUAACCAAACGUGUGAUUCUUUAUGUCUAGCUUUAGAUUCAUAAUAAUGAUCAUUUGUGCCUCCCUACUGUUUUAUUUAUGUAUUUUUUGCAGCCACGAAAAUAUCGACUUCUCGCAGUUUGAACAUGUAACUUCGAAAUUUUCUCAAGAAUUUGCCUGUGCAAGAAAUAC